GACACUGCACAUCCUCCCCUAAGCAAACAACCAUGAACAGCAAGAUUGUAUUAUUCAUCUGCAUGGUGGGUGUGGCCUCGGCCAGCGUAGUUGCUCCAGUACCAGUAGCCCGUGUUGACCCAUUCCCGCAAUACUCCUACGGCUACGAUGUCCAAGAUUCCAUCAGCGGCGACUAUAAGGGGCACCAAGAACAAAGGAAUGGUGACGUUGUUACCGGAUCAUACUCCGUUGUCGAUCCUGAUGGUACUAGAAGAAUUGUUGAUUAUGCCGCUGAUCCUAUUAACGGUUUUAACGCUGUUGUCCGUCGUGAACCUCUCGUAGUCGCCGCACCCUCUAAAGUGAUCGCACCGGCUCCACUACUUGCUCCCGCUCCAGUUGCUCCUGCUCCGGUAAUAGCGAGAGCACCUCUGUAUGCUCCUGCCCCCGCACCCCUCUUCGCCCCAAGACUACCCUAUUACUUUUAGAUGAAUUAAUACAAUUUUGUUGUGUUGCUGUAUAUACCUAUUAAUGAAUAAGGCUUUUAUAAUUG